AGGAAGAAAGAGAAGGGGCCGUCUUAUUAGCUGUGCUCUUUCUGUCCACGCGUUCUUCUUCCAUUCCCAGCUUCCCAAGUCCCAGCUCCAAUCCGGCGAGAAAAAGUUAUAUUCUCGGGCCGGGAAAUAAAGUAGCUUCUUUCUUUCUUUCUUUUCCAGCAUUUGUUUCCGGUGAUAUUCAUCGUUCCAUGUGCUUUUUUAUAAUUCGUUUUGUCAGACCACAUAAACAGACAAUGUACUGACUUCUAAGUUGCAGAAUUUUAUGUGGGUUUUGGGUUCGAGAUCUGAAAAUGGUGGAAGAGGGGACCCCAUGAAGUGUUUUUCGAUUUUAUUUUUCUUAUUCCUUUUUUGGGUCUUUGUUGUUUCUGUCGUUUUCUUUCUGCACAUACUUUUCAUUGGAGUUCUCCGCAGUCUUGUUCUUUUAGCAAGUUCUGAAAUUUCAUUAAUUUUCAGCUGCGCUUCCAGCAUUGGAUCUGGGAAUGCUUUGAACAGUCUUCUUUUCAUAUUUUUCUUUCGCUGUCUCCUUCAAGCUCUUCGUUUUUUGGUGGGUGGUUGCAAUUUCGGUCGCUCGGGGUUGGCAAGUUCGGUACACGACUGGAAUAUUUGAGCUGAAAUCUUCUUUUUGUCGCGGAAAAUUCGGACGCAGUUGUAUUCUCAUGAGGGACGUUCGGAAGCAAGAUGAUUGAACAAUUCAUUAAUUUUGUCAUUCGCCCUCCCAGGGCAGAGUACAACCCAGAUCAGUAUCUUUGGGAAAAGAACUUCACUCUUGCAGGAAGAACGUACAAACGAGAAGACUUGGAGCUCAAGAAUACAAGAGGCCAUACUUUGCUAUGUAGUCAUUAUCUACCUUCGCCAUUCCCUGAAGAUACUCCUCUUCCUUGUGUUAUAUACUGCCAUGGAAACAGUGGAUGUAGGGCAGAUGCAAAUGAGGCUGCCGUAAUUCUUCUUCCAUCAUACAUUACCCUUUUUACUCUUGAUUUUUCGGGUUCAGGCUUAUCUGAUGGUGACUAUGUCAGCCUUGGUUGGCAUGAGAGAGAUGACCUGAAGGUUGUAGUUUCAUAUUUAAGAAGCAACAAACAAAUAUCCCGGAUAGGUCUUUGGGGACGAUCCAUGGGGGCAGUCACUAGCCUUCUUUAUGGAGCAGAAGACCCCUCUAUAGCUGGAAUGGUGUUGGAUAGUGCCUUUUCAAACUUGUAUGAUCUAAUGAUGGAACUUGUGGAUGUGUACAAAAUUCGGCUUCCUAAAUUCACUGUUAAGAUGGCUGUACAGUAUAUGCGACGGGUAAUUGAAAGGAAGGCAAAGUUUGAUAUUAUGAAUCUUAAUUGUUUACAGGUUGCACCCAAAACAUACAUUCCUGCUUUAUUUGGACACGCCAGUGAUGACAAAUUCAUUCAACCCCAUCACUCUGACCUCAUUUUUAAGUCCUAUGCGGGGGAUAAAAAUAUUAUAAAAUUUGAUGGCGAUCACAACUCCUCACGACCACAGUUCUAUUAUGAUUCUGUUUCCAUUUUCUUCUACAAUGUCCUUCACCCCCCUCAAAUUUCUGCUGCUCAAUCAAGUAAGCUAGAGAAAUAUUAUGAUUUGGGGGAUUUGAAGACCACUGCUGGUAUGAAUGAGAGCCUCUUAUACGAGAUAAUCACUGGUCUUCAUUCUGCGGGUUGCCAUGCUGGGAGUUCAUCUUCAGCUCCUCGUAGCACUUCAGCUUCAAAGUCUGUGGGUGAACUUCUUUCUGAAAUUGCACCAGUGACUACUGUUGACUCCAUGCUUAAUGAGAACAAUUCACUUAGCAAUCUUGAAAAUUUACAGGAUAAGCCCAAUGGCCAGAAUGAAGAAUGUUGCUCGUAUACAAGCUCAAAUAGAGAAAGUUGGGGAAGAUGCUCAUCUUUAGGAGGCAGUGAUGAAGAAUCUUCUGCGGACUGCACAGCUGUUGACAACAGUCAUCAGAGGACUCUUCAGGUCUAUGCGACACCUCUUCGGAAUGUGGAACAUAAAUCGUCAGACUCUACAAAAGAGGAAAAGAAGAAGAAAACUGUGGUUGCUCCAAAGAAGCAUAGAAGUGAGAAAUUUGAAAAGUUAGAAGCUCUAAGCAAACGACUACGUCUGUGCUUUCUGAAGCGGGUGAACCAUCGAAGACAACGCUCUUCAUGACUGCUGUACUGUGAAAUGGUGUUUGUAACUAUGACCAAGGUGGUAAUCCUUCCGGUUUCUUGCUGAAGGUCAUCGAAGCAGGAGUGUUCUAUGAUUUCGGAGUGCCAUUCAUCAAACAUGGGCUUUUUGUGAAAGAUUGGUUUCGUUGAAAACUCUCUCUCAUGCUCUCAAUUUGUUUAAUAGGUCGUGUAUGACAAAUUUCAUGCAGCAUGUAAGUGUUCUGGAUGUUGGGUAGGAAAGGAUUUCUUAGCAUUAGGAGUUUGUGUUACUAAAAAAGAGCAGUAGGAUAUUUCAUUGUCAAAAGCAGCAGGAAGCUGGACAUCAUUUUGGGUGUACACAUUCUAUUAGCCUAUUUGAUUAGUCUGAUUAUAGGAAAGACUCGUAAACAAAGCUUGAUUUCGUUAUGCCCCU